CUAAAGUGGAAGAAGAGAAGCCCACCGCCCGAGGCCAAAUUCCAACCGAAGAAACCGGCUGAAAAGGUCAUCGAAGCCCCUGAAGCAGAAGUUAUCAUACCGGCACCGGUUGACAAAGAGGAAAUCGUGAUGCCGGAAGAAGCGGGACUGGCGCUAAAGAAGAAACCGAAACCGCGUGAGGUCACCGAAUCACCGGACACUUCGGAAGCGCUAAGUAUCUCGUUAGCGAAAGAAAUUCCGAAGCCGGUCGAAGAGGCACCCGUUACGGUAGAAGCCGAAAUUCAGCCGGUUGUGGAAGAGGCAACCGAAACCGAGGAAGAACGCUUGCGGAAAGAGCGUGACCUGCGAGAAACAAUUCGACGCCGAACGGACAAAACCGAAGAAGAAGAGACCAUCGUAACCGAAGAAGAGUUACGCGCGCAAAAACGCAAAAUAACGGAAAAGGUGGAAGAAGCCAAGCCGGUUGAGAAGGUCGAAGAAAUCAAGCCGGAAGAACUGCCUGAGUACAUCGAACUGGUACAGCCGGAAGAGAAGCCUGAAGUAAUUAAACCGGUCGAAGAAGAGGAAGUCAAGAAAUUUAAACCAAAGAAAAAGGAAACGCCGGUCGAAGACAAAGCUCAGAUGCCACUGAAAAAGCCCGUGGAAAAACUGAAAGAAGAAGCGCCAGUGUCUGAAGCGGAAUUUAAGAUCCCGGAAAAACCGGUCGCGGAAACCGCACCCGAAGAGGCCGAAAAAGCUGCAACAAUUCGUAAACCAGUAAAGAAGCCGGUUGUCGAAAGUGAAGCGCCGGAAGAGCUAACUGCCGAAUUUGCGUUAAAGAAAAAGCCUGUUCCCGUAAAGGAAGAGGCCAAGCCCGUCGAGACCGAGUUUGUGAUUCCCACGGCAGCCGAAACAGAAGAGGAAGAAGUCUCCGAAAAGAGCAUCAUCAAACGUCCGAAACGACGAUCACUGGACGAAGAGAUGAAGGAAGCUGUGGCUGCCGAAACGUUGGAACUGGUUCCGGCACCGAAACCCGCAGAGGAAGAAAUGCCGACAGUUGAAGAAACCGUCUUCACCCGCGGCAUUACCGAACGCAUGGUAUUCGAAGAAGAGGAAGACGUCGAGAUCCUGGUGAUCACCAACACGGAGAAACCGGUGCAGUGGAUCUUCGCUAAUUUCACGAUAACCGAAUCCACCGAUCGGUACGAAGUUAUCAACGACGGCAUGGUGCACAAACUGAUCAUUCGAAAGGUCAAGAAAACGGAUGCCGGGAAGUACACGUGCAGAGUGGACACAGUGGAAACGACCGGAACAUUGGUGAUCAAAGAAACACCGGUGAAGUUCACGGAAGUGUUGGAAGAUCAAAAGGUCAUCGUGGGGCAAGAUAUUGUCCUGCAGACGGUGUUAACCCGCAAAGGCGUCAAAGUUACGUGGAAAAAGCUGCGCAAAACGCUCACCGCGUCCAGCAAAUAUGUUAUGACCGAGAGCGAGGACACCGAGACGCACACACUGACCGUUAAAGACGCGACGGUGGAAGACAGUGGUGUGUACACGUGCCAGGUGGAAGAGGAGACGACUACCUGCAAGGUGGCAGUUCAGGCCCCGGCUAAGUUGUUCCCUGAAGGACUGCCAACGGAGAUUUCGUUAGAUCAGGGACAGAUCCACCGUUUCCAGAUCCCGUUUGUUGGCUCGCCGGAGCCGGUGGCGGAAUUGACGGUUAAUGAGCAGCCGGUAAAGCCGUCCGAGCGCGUGACAUACCGCAUUGAGGAGACCAAUGUGAUGAUCGUACUUAAGAAAACGGAGAAGAAGGAUGAAGGAACGUACCGGCUGCGCAUUUAUAAUGAGCUGGGAGAGGAUACAUUCGAUUUUAAAGUUACAGUAUUGGAUAAGCCAUUCCCGCCAACUAAUCUACAAAUAACGGAAGUAACAGCCGACAGCGUAACCUUAAACUGGUCGCCACCUGAAGACGACGGCGGCUCUCCCAUAACCGGUUACGUUGUCGAGCGCUUGGACAUGCAACGCCGCAACUGGAAACGUUCCGCUACCACCAUUGAAACACGCAGUACCGUCAUCAAUUUAAUCGAGGGUCAAGCGUACAAAUUCCGCGUCUUCGCUGAGAACAAGGUGGGAUUGAGUGAGCCGCUGGAAACCCCGAAAGAAGUCGUUGCCAAGAAACCCUUCGACGUACCCGGCGCGCCCUCCAAACCGACCAUUGACAAAGUGGCUGGUCCCGAAGUAACGCUCUCCUGGACCCCGCCAACCUCCGACGGUGGGGCCCCCAUCACCGGCUACUACGUGGAACGCCGGCAGCUGCCGAAUAAGAAAUGGGUACGGGAUAGUGACACGAUGGUCACCGAGACCACCACCACCGUGACGUCGUUGCUGGAACACCAAGAGUACGAAUUCCGGGUGGUGGCGGAAAAUAAAGCCGGCUUGGGACCGCCCAGUGUCGGCACCAGUCCCAUCAAGAUUAAGCCGUUGUACGAGAAACCGUCUCCACCGCAAAACGUCGCUAUGGAAGUGAACAGUCCGAAUUCGGUGAUCCUUACGUGGACGCCACCUGUUAACGACGGCGGCACGCCGAUCACGCAUUAUCUUGUGGAACGGAAGAACAGCGUGGACCUCACCUGGAAACCGGUACCAACUGACGUCACGGAGACGACCUACACCUUUGAAGAUCUGAAACCAAAGAACGAGUAUAUAUUUCGCGUGCAGGCUGUCAACAAAAUGGGUCCUAGCGAUAAAGCCGCAUCACAGCCGGUGACACUGGAAGAGCCAAAACCGCCGGGUGAGCCACCGAAGAUCACUCCCAAACAAGAUAAAACCGUACCGGCUGUGGAAGGCGACGAAGUCGUGGUCCGCUUCGAAAUAACCGGAAUACCGGUGCCGGACAUUUUCUGGAGAAAAGCUGGUAAAAUAAUCAAGACAAACGGAGACCGGGUAAUGGCGGUGGAAGAUAAUGUCGCUACGUUGACCUUACCGAAAGCGGAACCGACCCACACCGCAACUUACACAGUCGAAGCGGUGAACGAUCUGGGUAAAGACACCGCGGAAUUCGUUAUUAAUGUCAAAUCUCCACCGAAACUGGACGUUGAUCAACCGGUGGUCCGGGUGCACAAGGGCGAUUCCACUACGCUCAAAGCAAAAUUCACCGGUACCCCAACGCCGACGAUCACAUGGACGAAGAACGACCAACCAGUGACACCGACAAAAGACGCAGUGCUCGACACGAACGGUGCCGCGACAAAAUUAACCAUUCGCAAACCAACAUCCAGUGAUUCCGGUGUAUACACCGUAACGGCGACCAACGAAGUGGCCGAGGUAUCCAAGACAGUGGAGUUGACCGUGGUCUCGCAACCCGACCAACCCACCGGUCCGAUUCAAGUCACCAAUAUCCAACAAUCAUCGUGCCAGAUCAGUUGGAUCCCUCCGAAAUUUGACGGGGGCGAACCCAUAACCGAGUAUCUUAUUGAACGACGCGAUGUCAAGAAAUCGACGUGGGUCCGCGCUACCACCGUUAAGAGUGACGUGACCACCGCUACCGUGGAGGGAUUAGUGGAAGGCAAUGACUAUAUGGUGCGCGUCAGUGCGGUCAAUAAGAUCGGGCCCAGUGAGCCGCUGGAGACCGAUAAACCGGUCUCACCCAAGAGCCCGUUCAGUGUUCCUUCGGCACCGCAAGGCCCCUUGGAAGCCACCGAGGUCAAACCCGAUUCCAUCACAAUCCAGUGGCAGCCACCCGAAAACGACGGUGGCCAGCCUUUAUUAUCGUACAGUAUCGAAAAGAAGGAGUAUUUGAAACGUGCAUGGACAAAGGUCACCGUGAUCGAUGCCACUAAUACCACCACAACCGUGACGAAAUUGACGGAAGACACGGAAUAUGAAUUCCGCGUAUAUGCCAUCAAUCCGCGUGGAACGAGUGAGCCGUUGCAGACGGAGAAACCGAUCAAGACUGGCCGAUUGAUCAAUCCACCCAGUCAGCCGCAGGAAGUGACUGUCAGCAAGGUCACGUCCAGCAUCAUAUCCUUCGAAUGGCUGCCACCCAAAGACAAUGGUGGCGCACCGCUGACGGAAUACCGGUUAACGCUGAUCGAUACAACGAGUAAUACGAAGAAGACCCGGACAUCGAAACCGUACGAGACCAGCUACGAGACGACCGAUGUCACCGUGGAUCACGAGUAUGUGCUGGAAGUGUGUGCGGUCAAUAAAAUCGAUGCUGGUCCAACGAAUUCCUCGACACCGACCAAAAUCCCACCAAAAACCGGUCCACCAUCGUCACCAGUUGGACCGCUUCGUGCCGAACCCGGUACACCGGUUGACUCUACUCUGACGGUCUCCUGGCAGCCACCACUGGAUGACGGCGGUGUGCCGCUGACCAACUACGUCCUGGAGAUGCACGAUAGCGUUACAAAGAAAUGGCGUAUGCUGUCAGAGCCGCAACCAGAUACUCCGCAACAUGAUGCCAAAUCUCUCCAGCCUGACCGCGACUACCUCUUCCGAGUGUCGGCACAAAAUCCUGUUGGUAUUAGCAAGCCAUUAGAAAGUGAAGAGCCGGUCCGAAUGGGCAAGCCAAAACCAGAGGCGCCACCAGGUGAUCUUCUGCAUGUCGUGGACACCACCACUGACUCGGUGACCUUAGAAUGGGAAGAAUAUGAGACGGACCAGGAGCCCACGUACUGCGUAUAUAAACGCAACACCGGUCGAUCCACGUGGACAAAGGUCACAGAAACCAGGGCAAGGAAGGUCAAGGUAAAGGAGCUAACAAAGAAUACGGAUUAUGACUUCAAGAUCGCUUCCAUCGUCGAAGAGAAGGAGUCUCCGCUGUUCGAAGUCACCGAAGUCCAUACUAAGGAUACGUCUGUUCCAUCUGAACCACAACAAGCCACAUUAACCGUUGACGAAAGCGGCUUCCCGGCCUUAACCUGGGUGGAACCCGCGACGGACGGUGGCGCCGAGGUUAUCGGCUACCAUGUCGAACUACGUAAAAAGGGUCACACGUCCUGGACACGUAUCACCAAGGAAAUCGUGCGAAAAUGCCGUUAUGUCCUGAAAGAACUGAAACCGGGCGAUCAUUUCGACGCCCACGUUGUGGCCAUUAACGAGAAGGGCGAGAGUGAGCCCAGUAAACCACCAGUACCGGUAUCGCUUCCCGAGAAGCCUGAGGAAAAACCAGAGAAGAAGGAAGAAAAACCGGUGAAGACUGAAAAAGGCACACCCCCCACGGUGACCGUCACGAAGCCCUUGGUCGAAAGCCCAGUGGGCAGUCCAGCCAAAUUGGAAGCCACAUUCACCGGCGAACCGUACCCGAAAGUCGAAUGGUUUAUCCAAGAGACCAAAGUGACGGAAGAUCGUCGUAUUAAGAUCGAAGAACGAAAAACUACUAAGACAACGACUUUAUCAUUCUCGAAAACCGAAACGAAGGAUACGCAAACGUACACGGUAAAAGUGACGAAUCCGGCCGGUGAGGCGACCGCGGAUGUUAAACUGCAGGUAUUGACGAAGCCCGAGCCACCAACGGAAGUCAAGGUUGAAGAAGUGACCAAGGAAGCGGUGACGGUUGCGUGGGAGGAACCAACCGAGACCGGCGGACAUCCGGUCAAGCAUUACGUCAUCGAGAAACGAAUCGUCGGUAAGACGGCGUGGGCCAAGGUUACCACCACCACCGACACCAGGGUGGUGAUUAGUGAUCUGACAAAAGGCACGAAAUAUGAUGUCCGCGUCCGGGCAGUGACCGAUCAGGGUGACAGCACCAACGUGGAAGUGGGGCCAGUUGGACUGGAGGAGAAGCCCAAAGAGGAAGAAAAACCCAAGGAGAAAGAGAAGCCAAAACCGGAGGUGAAAGUGGAGAAAGCGCCUUCUCCGGAAGUGGUAGUCAAGAAGCCGGAAGUGGUCGAGUCGGUGCCGGAAAAGAUGAAGCCGAAGGAGGAAAAGCCGGGAGUGGCGCCGACCCUCAAGGUUGACAAACCGAAGAUCGAAAGUCAGCCGAAUAAAAAGGUGGAAUUAUCCGCUAAAUUCACCGGUGAACCGAAGCCUACAAUCACAUGGACGGUUAAUAAUACGACCGUGGAAAGCAUGAAACGAGUGAAGGUCGUAACAGAUGAGAAGACUUCGACGACCACAGUCACCAUUUCAUCGGUCGAAGCAACAGAUGCCGGUGUUUACACCGUGACUGCCGAGAACCCGCUGGGCGUGACCGAUGCGGAAGUCAGUCUUGUUGUUUUAACUAAGCCAGGUGCGCCCAAAGACGCCAUGAUCGAGGAAGUUACUCCGACAUCACAAACGAUCAGUUGGGAAGAACCAGAGGACACCGGUGGACAUCCGGUUAAACAGUAUGUUAUUGAAAAGCGGUUGAAAGGAAAGACAAACUGGACGCGUGUGACCACCACAAAGGAGACGAAAGUCAAGCUGAAAGAACCGAAAGGCUCCGAGUUCGAUGUCCGCAUCAAAGCCGAGACAGACCAGGGUGAAGGUGCACCGGUGGAAGUUGGACCUAUCAAAGUUGAAGAGCCGAAGAAACCGGUAGAGGAACCGCAGAGCACAAAGCCCCGCCCACGCCACCCACUGUCAAACUUGAUCAAGAAACUGUGGAAAUGCCGACAAACCAACCAAUACAACUCGUCGCUAAGGUCACCGGGACACCGUUCCCCAGUAACAUGGUCCGUGAACGAUACACCCAUUACGCCGUCUCGCCACGUUCGCAUUGAGGAAGUACCAAAAGAUGGAAAGGUCACGCUAACUAUCCCGAAACCAGAGAAGAGCGACAGCGGAACUUACGCGGUUACAGUGAAAAACCCAUCCGGUGAAGAAUCGGUUAUGGCUGAAGUCAAGGUGUUGGGUACAGCGGGACCACCAACCGCUGUAGAAGUGACGGAAGUUACGCCAACCCAGGCAACGAUCGAAUGGAAGAAGCCAACUGACGACGGUGGCGCCCCCAUUAAACGUUACAUCGUGGAGAAACGCCCAGUGACACGCACUGUCUGGCAAAAAGUUACCACGGUCACCGAGGAGACCUGUACCGUGGCUGAGCUGAUACCCGGAACAAAGUAUUACUUCCGUGUGCGACCGGAAACGUCGCAAGGAGAAGGUGAUAAUGCGGAGAUUGGUCCGAUCACCAUCCCUGAAGAAAAACGAGAGCCCACGCCUGAAAAGCCAGCAGAACGAAAACCAUCGAAGGUGUCGCCAGAAAAGGUCACGAAGCCUGUGGAAGAAAAGAAAGAACUACUCAUGGAAGCGCCGACAGUGAAAGUGACCAAGCCGAAAGUGGAGACCCAGCCAACCAAGAAAGUUGAAUUAUCAGCGACUCUUACUGGACAGCCGAAACCAACCGUAGCGUGGAGCCACAACAGCGUCACUGUGACGGAAACUCGACGAACGAAAAUCACAGUGGACGACAAGACUAAAACAACCACUCUGACCAUUACGUCGGCAGAGACUACAGAUGCCGGUACCUACACGGUAACUGUGGAGAAUCCGGCUGGUGUGGCCGAUGCCGAAGUCUCAUUAGUUAUACUAACAAAGCCCAGCGCACCACGAGAUGCCAUGAUCGAGGAAGUAACGCCGACUUCCCAGACAAUUAGCUGGGAUGCACCGGAAGACACCGGUGGCCAUCCCAUUCAACAGUACAUUGUGGAGAAGCGAUUGAAGGGUAAAACCGUUUGGACCAGGGUAACCACAACCAAAGAAACAAAGGUCAAGCUCAAGGAGCCGAAGGGAACGGAGUUCGACGUCAGGAUCAAAGCGGAAACCGACCAAGGCGAAGGCGCCCCGGUCGAAGUGGGACCCAUCAAAGUGGAGGAGCCCAAGAAACCGGCGCCUGAAGAACCACAGAAGGCCCCAGCGAAAGCGCCAACGGUUACGCUACAGGAAGAAAGCGUCGAGGUACCGGUUGGUCAGCCCAUUAAACUGGUUGCCAAUGUUAGCGGGACGCCGUUCCCUACCGUGUUAUGGUCCGUGAAUGACACACCCAUCACUCCGUCUCGGCAUGUCCGAAUCGAAGAAGUUCCGAAAGAGGGUAAGGUCAUCUUGACCAUCCCGAAACCAGAGAAAACCGAUACCGGCGAAUAUGCGGUGACGGUGAAGAAUCCAGCGGGUGAGGAAACCGCCAAAGUCAGCGUGAAAGUCCUCGGUCCGGCUAGCUCGCCAACCGAUGUCCAAGUGAUUGAAGUUCUGCCAAAGCAGGCGACGAUCGAGUGGAAGAAGCCGAAGGAUGAUGGAGGAUCGCCAGUGAAACGGUAUAUUGUGGAGAAACGACCGGUGACGAGGACGGUGUGGCAGAAGGUCACGACGGUGACCGAAGAGAGUUGCACUGUGGAGGAACUGAUACCUGGUACAAAAUACUACUUCCGGAUUCGUCCCGAAACGACGCAGGGCGAAGGAGAGAAUGCGGAAAUUGGUCCGAUAAGUAUUCCCGACGAAAAAGUGCCAUCCCGAAAACCAUCUGUAAUUGAAGAGAAGGUUAGGAAGCCGACGCCAGAAGAAAAGAAGCCGUCGCCCGAAAAAGCUGCCACUGCACCCACUCUCACAGUUGACAAGCCCAAGGUCGAAACCCCACCGGCAAAGAAAGUGGAGCUUUCCGCCAAAUUCACCGGCGAACCCAAGCCCACGAUCACGUGGACUUUCAACAACACCACAGUAACGGAGACCCGUCGCACCAAGAUUACCGUCGAUGAUCGAUCCAAAACCACUACGCUGACCCUUACAUCCGCGGAAACCACCGACACCGGAGUCUACACCGUUACCGCGGAAAACCCAGCCGGUGUUACUGACGCGGAGGUCACUGUGGUCAUCCUAACAAAACCGGGAGCACCACGGGACGCCAUGAUUGAAGAAGUGAAGCCGACAUCGCAGACCAUCAGUUGGGAUGCACCCGAGGAUACCGGAGGCCAUCCAAUCAAACAGUAUGUCAUCGAAAAACGACUCAAGGGCAAAACCAUCUGGACGAAAGUGACAACAACCAAAGAAACCCGAGUCACUCUCAAAGAGACGAAAGGAACGGAAUUUGAUGUCCGUAUUAAGGCGGAAACUGAUCAGGGUGAAGGUCCGCCGGCGGAAGUUGGCCCGAUUAAAGUCGAAGAGCCACCGAAGCCCAAACCGGUAGAACAGAAGGAGAAACCCGUUGCACCUUCUGUAACACUGGAUCAGACACCUGUUGAAACCCCAGCCGGACAACCAAUUAAACUCGUGGCGAAAGUUACCGGAACGCCUUUCCCGACGGUUACCUGGUCAAUCAACGGCACUCCGGUUACACCAUCACGACAUGUUCGUAUCGAGGAAAUUCCCAAAGAAGAAAAGGUCAUUCUUACUAUCCCGAAACCGGAAAAGGAAGACACUGGCGAAUACACUGUGACCGUCACGAACCCAUCGGGAACGGAAACCGCGAGUGUCCCGGUGACCGUGAUCGGGAAAGCCGGUCCACCGGAAGAAGUCACAGUUACAGAAGUUACUCCAACAUCCGCAACGCUCGAAUGGAAGAAACCGAAAGAUAACGGCGGUGCAGCGGUCAAACGGUAUAUCGUCGAGAAGAAGCCGGUUACCAGGACCGUAUGGCAGAAAGUGACAACGGUUACCGAGGAGACGUGCACGGUGGAAGAUCUGCAACCGGGAACCAAGUAUCAUUUCCGUGUGCGGCCGGAAACAUCGCAAGGCGAAGGGGACAACGCGGAAGUCGGACCCGUCUCCAUUCCUGAACGCGAAGAACGAAAGCCCUCGUUGAAAGAACCGGAAAAGGUCAAAGAGACGCUCGAAGAGAAGCCGGUCGCCAAGAAACCGGUUGAAGAAAAACCGAAGACAGUGCCAUCGGUUACCGUUGACAAACAGUCCAUUACAUUACCCGAUGGGCAGAGCGUGACCUUCACUGCCAAGUUUUCCGGUGAACCGAAACCCGAAGUCACCUGGUUGCUUAACGGCAAGCCGCUGCCGACCAACGCCCGAAUUCGAACCGACGUCAACACCCGAACUAACACGGCAACACUAACAAUUACUAACACUAACCCUGACGAUUCAGGAACGUAUACAGUAGUUGUUAGAAAUGAAGCUGGGGAAGAAACGGCAGAUUGUAGUUUGAAGAUCGUUACCAAACCCGGUGCACCACAGAACUGCACCGUCACCGAUGUCACCACCACCGGCGCCACCAUCAAAUGGGACGCUCCUACCAACGACGGAGGCUCACCGAUUAAACACUACGUUAUUCGCAAGAAGCAGUCAAAUCGCACAACCUGGACCAAAGUGACUACCACCACCGACACAACCGUGGUUGUCAAAGAUUUGGAGAGAGGUGUGACCUACGAUUUCCGUGUAUCAGCGGAAACCGACCAAGGAGAAGGCGCGCCGGUCGAAGUGGGACCGGUCACUACCGGCAAGGAGAAGGAACAGCCGGUAACCGCUAAGACUGUCGCGUUACCAACAGUUACCAUCAAGAAGCCAGUACAGGAGAUACCGGUUGGACAGCCUGUUGAGGUUGAAGUAACUUUCACAGGUGAGCCUCGUCCGACGCUGACCUUUGCCGUGGAUGGACAAGCGAUUGUUCCAUCACGUCGCAUUAAAGUGGACGAAUCGCGACGGGAGCCCAAAGCGACCUUUAUCAUCACGAAGACCGAGCCGACGGAUUCCGGGACCUAUACGGUGACAGCGAAGAACGAAACCGGAACCGUAUCGGCAGAGUUCACGCUGAAGGUUCUACGAAAAGCCGGCCCACCACAAGACGUAACGGUGACGGAAGUGACGGAUACCAGCGCGACGAUUACAUGGGGCGAGCCAAAAGACGACGGUGGCAGUCCUGUUAAACACUAUUUAAUACAAAAGCAGGUUAUCGGACGAUCGUGGACAAAAGUCACCACAAUUACGGACAAGACAGUGACGAUCACUGACUUGUUGCAAAAUACGAAGUACAACGUUAGAGUGAUACCGAUAACGGAGCAAGGUGAGGGUGAAGCGGCUGAAGUUGGUCCAGUAACUCCAAAAGAACAAAAACGCGAAGAACGUAAACCCAGUUUGAAACCUGAAGUAACCAAACCUGAAGUGAAACCGACCAUCAAAAUCCGCAAACCUCAGCAAGAAAUCCCAGUGGGUCAAUCCGUCGAUGUGGAGGUGACGUUCACCGGUGAGCCACGUCCCACGGUGACCUUUAGCGUCAACGGCACCGUAAUUGAGCCAUCGCGUCACGUGAAAAUCGAGGAAGCCCGGCGAGAUAUGAAGGUGACCUUUACCAUCCCUAAAACGGAAAUAUCUGAUUCGGGAACGUACACCGUGACCGCGACUAAUCCAGCCGGCACCGUCAGUGAAGAAUUCACGCUGAAAGUUUUGACCAAGGCAACCGCUCCACAAAACCUCGAAGUUACGGAGGUGACCAACACUUCGGCGACCAUUACAUGGGAUGCGCCGGAGAGUGAUGGUGGUACGCCAGUGACGCACUAUAUCAUUCACAAGCAGGUGGUAGGUCGCACGUGGACCAGGGUUACAACGACGCGAGAAACCACGUUCACUUUUACGGAUUUCAUGAAAGAUACGAAAUAUAACGUUAAGGUUACACCGGUGACGGACCAAGGGGAAGGCGAAGCGGCCGAAGUGGGCCCAGUAACAUUGCAAGUGCCAGAAGCGAAAGAGCGUAAACCUAGUCUGAAGCCGGAAGCAGGAAAAACCACGGAAACUCCUAAAGAAGAGGCACCUGAAGCUGCCGGAACGACGCCCACGAUUAAGAUCCGCAAACCGGCCCAGGAAGUCACCUUGGGUCAGCCCGUUGAGGUAGAGGUGACAUUCACCGGCGAACCGCGUCCCACUAUCUCUUAUUCUGUCAACGGUGAAGCCAUUCUCCCAUCGCGUCGCAUCCGCACAGACGAACCCAAGCGAGAGAUGAAGUCCACGUUCACAAUCACCAAAACCGAGUUGACCGACUCCGGCACGUACGUUGUGACCGCCACCAGCCCCGCCGGCACCGCCACAGCCGAAUUCACGCUGAAAGUCUUAACAAAGUCUGGACCACCUCGCAACGCUGAAUUCACGGAGAUUACUGAGACCAGCGCAACCAUCACUUGGGAUAAACCGGAGAAUGAUGGCGGUGCGCCGAUCAAGAAUUAUGUCGUGUAUAAACGGAUUGUCGGGAAGUCGUGGCAACGCGUAGUGACAACGAAGGAAACCACCUACACAUUUACUGAUUUUACGCAGAACACGCGAUACGAAGCGAAAAUCGUCCCGGUCACCGAUCAGGGUGAUGGAGAAGCCGCCGAAGCGGGACCGGUGACGUUGAAAGAGGCUCCGCCCAAACGGAAACCAAGUGUCCGAGACGAGGUCACGGUAGAGGAACCGAAGAAGAAGCCUGAGAAAGUAGCCACCAUCCCGACACUGCGCAUUCGCAAACCCCUGGAAGAGGUCCCAGCCGGAUCGACCGUGAACGUCGAUGUGACCUUUACCGGCGAGCCACGCCCGUCCGUGGCAUUUUUCCGCAACGGUCAGCCACUUACCGAAUCCCGAAAGCUGCGCAUUGAGGAAUAUCAACGCGAUUUGCGCGUCACGUUUUCUUUGAGGAAAGUCGAUAUAGAAGACUCCGCGACGUAUACGGUCACCGCCACGAAUACUGCCGGGGAAGUCAGUGAAGAGUUUACACUGAAGGUACUAACCAAGCCAGGACCACCGGAAAAACUGGUAACCGAGGAAAUCAAGUCGACAUCCGUCACCUUGACCUGGUCACCGCCGGCGUCGGAUGGCGGUCGACCGGUCACGCAGUACAAUAUUUAUAAACGUGUCUCCGGACGGCAGUCGUGGCAGAAAGUGACGACCACCAAAUCCACCACGGUGACGACAACAGUCACCGAACUUCUGCCGAACUCUUUAAACGAUUUCCGGGUUACUGCUACAACCGAUCAAGGCGAAGGAGAGGGAGUGGAGCUGAUCGCUGUACGGACAGCGGCGCCGGCACCGGAAGAAGGUAAACCACCUAAACCAGUGCGACCCGGUAUGGUGGAAGAAGCGCCGGUGAAGGAAGCUGCCAAACCAGUGGCUACCAAACCGACCAUCAAAGUUGACAAGACGACGGUUACAUCGAAUAUCAAUCAACUGGUGCAAGUAACCGCCACGUUCACCGGUGAGCCACGUCCGACCGUUACCUGGUACCGCAACGAUGAAGUCAUCACAGAAACCCGGCAUGUCUACAUCGAGGAGCGCAAGCACGAUAUGGUGUCUACGUUAAAUAUUGCGCGCACUGAACUGACAGAUAGCGGCACGUACAGAGUGACCGCUAAGAAUGAGACCGGCGAAGCCAGUGCGGAAUUAACGAUCAAGAUCGCAACGAAAUCGGGGCCACCAGUGGAUCUGACUUUGUCCGAAGUAACCAGCACGUCGGUGAAUCUAAACUGGAAGCCACCGAAAGAGACAGGUGGUACACCGAUCAAGCACUACAUCAUCGAAAAGCGCGUUACCGGCCGGCAAACCUGGCUGAAAGUGGUAACGACCACCGACACCACGAUCACCAUUAUGGAACUAACGGAGAACACCGGAUACGAAUUCCGCGUUAAAGCGGAAACCGACCAAGGCGAGGGUGAACCGGCGGAAGUGGGCUGUGUUACACCAAGAUCCAAGGAGAAAUCACCGGUCGAUAAGAAAGCCGGUAAAGCGGAACCGGAAGCCGUCGGCCCCACCAUCAAGAUCAGUAAAGGCGACAUCCAGGUGGGCAGCAACCAAGUCAUGCAGGUGGACGUUACGUUUACCGGACAGCCACGCCCCAAAAUAACAUGGACAUUCAACGGGCGCCCGUUGGUGGAAUCCCGGCGGAUGCGCGUGGAAGAGCGCCGCUCGGAGAUGGUGGCGACGUUCUCGAUUAAAAAGACGGAAUUAUCGGAUUCCGGUGUGUAUACUAUCACGGCUAGCAACAGCGCCGGAGAAGCCAGUACCCAGUUGACUUUGAAAGUCCUCACUAAAGCGGGACCACCAACAAAUUUAGUUAUCACGGAUAUUUCUCCAAAGACCGCCGACCUGAAGUGGGAUGCCCCGUUGAACGAUGGUGGCAGCCCGGUGACGCAGUAUAUCGUGGAGAAGAGGAGCGCCGGGCGGACGACGUGGAUGAAGGUCACGACGGUUAAGGAGACGCAGUGUACCGUCAAGGAUUUGAUCCAGGGAAGUAAAUUUGAAUUCCGCGUCAAGGCCGAGACCGACCAGGGCGAAGGCGAACCAGCGGAAGUGGGGCCGGUGGUUGCUGAUUAUUCAUUCGAUGUGCCAUCGGCUCCCGCUCCACCAAAGGUCACCAACAUUACACCGAAAUCCGUAUCCUUAUCCUGGGAACCACCUUUUAAAGACGGCGGUAGUCCCAUCACUGGUUAUCACAUCGAACAGCGCGCCGGCAAAUCCACCUACUGGCGCCGAAUAACCAAGACCACCGUUACCGUGACCACGCACGAAGUCACCGAAGUAGUCGAAGGGGAACAGUACGAAUUCCGCGUUAUUGCCGAGAACAAGAAAGGCCUUAGCCAACCCAGUGAACCGAGUGAACGUGUCAAGAUUCCGGCGGCUCCGGUGGAACGCAAACCACCGAAACCGGAGGGACUGCUCAGACCACGAGUCAGCGCAUCGCCCGCACCCGGUCGCCGCGACUUCCGUGCACCUUCCGAAUUGUCAAGCCGAGCACCGUCACGUGAACGCGAACUCAGUGAGACCAUCGGCUCGGAUCUCGACAUGUCAGAUGAAGAAGCGGAAAUGCCGGAAUUCGAGGAGAACAUGAGCCGGCCACAGUUCACCCGGCUGCUGGAGGACGUCCGUUGCACGGAAGGGGAGAUGGUCGCCCUGACUUGCGAGAUCAUCGGCAACCCGGCGCCCACUACCCUGUGGUAUAAGGAUGGUGAAGUCAUCCGGGAGAAUAUGGGAUACCAGCAGAUCGCCAACGAGAAGGUCCACAAGCUUCUCAUUCGAGAGGCCUUCGUGGAGGAUAGUGGAACAUACAAAGUGGUGGCACUCAAUGCCGCCGGAAAGGCCGAAUCUAGUUGUAAGCUAAAAGUCAAACACCGCGAGCAGGUGGAGGACCGUGGCGCCGGAAAACCGCCGAAGAUCGUGCAGCCGUUGGUCGAUAAGGUCGUUAGCGAACGGGACCAGAUCUAUCUGGAGGUCAAAGUAGAAUCGCAGAGUUUUGUCACAUUCAAAUGGUCAAAAGACGGGCAGGAGAUUUCAGAGACCGAUACGAAAUAUAGCAUUAAAACCAUUGGACGGAUAUCGUACCUGGUUAUCAAUAACUCAAAAUCCGUUGAUACGGGACGAUAUAUGUGUACCGCACAGAAUGUAUCCGGAAAUGCCAAUACUUCUGCCAGUGUCACAGUUCAAGCAUUACCGGCAAAGAAAGCAGAAGUUACUCAAGAACCUCCAACCUUUAUCCGACCAUUGGAAGACACUCAAGUCCGCGAAGGCGACUCCGUGACUUUGGAAUGCGACUUCCGUGGAGUCCCCAUCCCUGAAGUAACUUGGUACUUCCAAGGCCGGAAGAUCUACAACAGCACCACGCGGCGCAUCGUCUCGGAAACCACCCACACGAAACUAACGAUUCUCGAAGCGACCCUUAACGAUGCCGGUGAAUAUACUGUGGACAUCCGCAAUCCGGCCGGUACGAAGAAGACCGCCGGCAAACUGACCGUCCGACCAGCCCUACCUCGGGAGCCGCCUAAGAUAGAAGGUGCCGCCCCGCGGGUCAUCGAACGCCUGGCCGAUGUGGAGAUCAUGGAGGGCUUUGAUAUCAGUCUCAGUUGCAAGAUUACAGGCGACCCGCAGCCCAAGGUUCAGUGGCUGUUCGAUCGGAAACCCAUAACCAGCUUCUCCGAACGGAUCCAGAUGGUCAGCACGGAGCACGGCAAGACCUUUAUGCUGGUUAUCAAGAACGUCACGCCGGCUGACCUCGGCAUCUAUUCGUGCAAAGCGACUAACGAGCACGGAGAGGCAACUACAUCGGCGUUCCUGAAUGUCUUAGCCGGUGAGCGCUUCAUCGAGAUGACUGACAAACAUGCACCCAUCAGCGCCCCACAUAUCACCCGCGGUCUACGGGACACGGAGGUCAUCAAAGGAGAAAGUCUCCAGCUAGACUGUCGCGUACAAUGCGAUUCCGAAUAUUACGUUCACUGGUAUAAAGACGGUAUUGAACUUGGUUACGAAGAUCACCGUAUCAACCGCUACCAGCUGCCCAAUGGAAAAGUCAGUCUGGAGAUCCGCGAUUCCACGCUGAAAGACACCGGUUACUAUAGCGUGACGGUUUAUAACGGUGCCGGCAAAGCUACAUCAUCCGCACAGGUCACCAUUGAUGCGCCACGCUUUGCCGCCGAACCGCGACGUAGUAUUGACGAGAUUCGGUUAGAAGACCGCCUGCGGCGCCGUAUACAACGCAUCCACGGCAUGCCGCCGCAACCCAUUGAAGAAGCCCCACAGGUCGUCAGUCACGCUCCGGGCUACUACAAUGUCGCAUGGGAACCGCGUCCCUCCGAGUUUGAACCGCACGUUCCGACGUUCUACGUCAUUGAGAUGCGCAGUAAAGCGGAUGCGGACUGGGUACGAGUCCAGCAAGGCAUCACGUCAAACCUGAUUACGGUGCAAGUGCAACGUCCCGAUGAAGAUUAUUUCUUCCGCAUCCGCGCAGAGAACAUCCACGGCACCAGCGAACCCUCCCCGGUGGCGUUUACCAAACACGAAGCUGAUGUGGACACACGCACCAAGUUCGUCCUCUUCGGCACGGAAAAGAAAGCACCGGUGCGGGCAGCCCAUCCCAUCUACAUCCCGUACCAUGAACAUCUCCACGCCGACUUUUCCGCGCAGUUCGAGCAUGAAGAAUUCGGUCAGCCGCCCAAGAUCUUCUCCAAAGCCCCGGAAAUCCAGUACGUCCCGGAGAAUCAUCCAGUCAUGCUGGAAGCCUGGGUAUCCGGGCAUCCGACACCGUUGGUCAAGUGGUUGUUCAAAGGAAAGGAAAUCACCACCGGCGGCCGCUACACCACCCGUGUCAACGCUAGCGGUCACGUGCAACUGUUGAUUGACCGUAUGACCUUAGCCGAUGCCGGGGAGUAUCUUGUUCUGGCCCAGAACAAAUCCGGUCACCACGUCCAUCCCAUCCGCAUCGACGUGGCCGAUCCACCGGUCUUCAUCGAGCCGAUGAUCGAUACCACCAUUGUCGCGAAACGCUCGGCGCGAUUCGACUGCCGCGUGGAUGGGACGCCGUUCCCGGAGAUCCGCUGGAUGAAAGACUGGGCGACGGUGGUCGACAGCGCCCGGAUUAAAAUCGAACACGCACCGGGCGGAUACACGUCUUUAAUCAUCACCGACGUGUUGGCACGCGAUGCCGGAUUGUACACGUGCGAAGCGAAGAAUGCCGCCGGCACCGCGCUCUGCACCAUCAGCGUCCAUGUCGAGCAGCAUGCCACGACCUACGCCGACACGGACGUGUUCAUCCGACGUAUUCGGCCCAAACGCAAACGCCUAACCGACUUCUACGAUCUCCAUGAAGAGAUUAUGCGCGGUACCCAGGGUGUGGUUAAACGGGUUGUGGAGAAAUCGUCCGGCAAAGCGUACGCCGCAAAGAUCUCGUUUGCCGAACAGAAAGACUUCCCCAUGCUGGAAAAUGAAUUACAUAUCCUUAACGAGCUCAGUCAUCCUAAUAUCAUUGCGGUACACGAUGCCUUCGAAGGCACAAAAUCGAUGACGGUUAUCAUGGAUUAUGCACGCGGUGGUAACAUUGUCAAUCGGUUGACCAGCCGCAAAGCUUACACCGAGCGACAAGUCGCGGCGAUCAUCCGGCAGGUGGUGGAAGCACUGGAACACAUGCACAGCAAAGACAUUCUCCAUUUGGACAUUAAACCCGAAGACAUCAUCUUCGCCACACCGGACGGUGACCGCAUCCGCCUGGUGGAUUUCGGUCUGGCGCACAAACUGCGCCCCGGUGAGCGGUACAUCAGUGAAUUCGGUCACCCCGAAUUCAUCUCGCCGGAGAUCGUGAAUAAGCAGCCAGUGACCGCCGCCUCGGAUAUGUGGAGUGUCGGAACGUUAACGUACUUGCUGUUAUCAGGCCGAUCGCCUUUCUUAGGAGAGACCGACCGCGACACGCUUUUCAACGUACAAACCGGCACUUGGAAUUUCGAUCAUGCUUUCAGUAAUAUCAGUCAGGAAGGAAAAGAUUUCAUAUCACAACUGCUAAAGAUGGAUCCCGGACAGAGAAUGUCAGCUGAUAAUGCGCUGAGUCAUCCCUGGUUGAUUGACCGUGCGGAUCAGGGUUACAUCAAAGUGGACAGUGGUCGGUUAAAACAGUACCAAUUACAACGACGCGAGAAGUUGAUGCGAGCGGUUGUACAUAAAUUCGCUCGCUUCAGACCGAUCCAUGCCGCAUUAAUCCAUCCACAGGGAAUACUGUAUCCACCGGAAGUCGAGACGUAUGAUGAGUUCGAUACCCGCAUGCGGUCACCAUCACCUGAACCGGUAACAUGGACAGAUAUGCAACGUUCCCGCCGAGGAUCCACGCCUUUCGGAGGCGCACCAGAUGAGAUUUCCGUCAGUUCCACUGGCAGCGGUGGUUUGAAAACGGCCACCGAUUCUAACUACCAACAAGGUCCGGAUUCGGAGUUACUGCAGCUUCGUGACCCUGAUUUACCGGUUCGUAUUCGUCAGUAUCGUCGUAUGGCAAUGGAUCCAAAGGGCAUCGCCAGCGUCAAAAGUCAGAUGGAGUUUAAGAUGUGGGGCUACAAACCCGCCGUGAAAGAACGUCGUCGCAUGCACGAUGUCGUUGACGAGGAAGGCACGGCCGCCGUGCAAGAAUACGCUGCCGAACGGUUCGCCGCCCGACGUAAACAGAAACGCGUGCAGAUGGAACAAACCGAGAACUUCCCGCCGGUCUUCCGGGAGAAACUCAAGGAUCUCGCUUUCGCUGAAAACAAAUCCCUCGUUCUGCGGGUAGUCAUCGACGGCAACCCGGAACCGAAGAUCACCUGGUACCGCAACGAAGCGCCCCUGGAGCGCAAUCCCCGCACCAGUCUCCAUCAUUCCGCGGAAACCGGCGUCUACACGUUGAACGUGUCACCGGCACUGGCCAGUGAUGCCGGUGAAUACAAAUGUAUUGCCCGCAACCGCCUCGGCGAAGUAGCUUGCCGUGCCCGUAUCGAAGUGGGCACGCCACCCGAUCCACCGGGCUGGCCGAUUGUCGAGAAGGUUGGCCAUGAUCACGUGCACAUUCAUUGGGAGUAUCCGUCUUUCGAUGGUAACAGCGAGGUCCUGGCGUAUAAAGUGGAAUACCGCAGUCGUAACGAUAACAGCUGGAAUACGUACAGUGAAGAGCUGAUUAACGAAAAGGUCACCGUGCGGAAUCUCCAGCCGGGAACAUUCUACCGCUUCCGGGUGGCAGCGCAUAACAUCUUUGGCUGGAGUAAUUCUAGUUAUUCGUCGGAAGAGAUCCGCACACUGCGACCGGAUGAUCUCCAUGGACACGAUUUGGAUCUGCAAGCCAGUACCAGUCUGGCCUCGCCCCAAGUUGUUCCGCACCACACGCAUAUUCGGCGGCCGUCGGGAACGGAAACGGCUUCCCCGGUUGGUCGGAAACCGGUGGAGAGAAUGCCCGGAUCGUUCGAGAAAGUUUCGGUCUCGAUGAGCGAAGGCGAUCCGAAUGAAGUUUACGAUUUCCGAAAGGAAAUUGCACGCGGUCAAUAUUCCGUAAUAUUCCGAUGUAUGGACCGCAAAACCGCCAGUAUAUACGCCGCCAAGGUCAUCGAUUCCUUCGCGCCGGACGCUCUAAAUGAAUACGAAACCUUGCGUUCCCUCAAACACGACCGUAUCGCCGAGCUGUACCGAGCCAUGCGCAUCAACAACGAGUACAUGGUGCUGAUCAUGGACAAACUUGACGGCAUGGACAUCUUAACCUAUCUGUGCCAGCGUGACCAGUAUUCGGAAGAGGACGUCUCCGUUAUGAUGCGUCAAACGCUAGAUGCCCUGCAGUAUCUCCACCUUCUGGGCAUUGCGCAUCUCAACCUGCAGCCGGACAACAUUGUACUGGAGACACCGUGGAAAGCUAGCAUUAAACUGAUUGACUUCGGCUCAGCCCGACGUGUACCGGUGGAGGGCGUCAUUGUGCACAACCUGACGACACCAUUAGAAUACCGAGCUCCUGAGAUUGUUAGCGACCGUUUGACCGGCGUCCAAGCGGACAUUUGGAGCAUGGGCGUUCUUGUUUUCAUUCUGUUAAGUGGUGUGUCACCUUUCCGCGGAGAGGAUGACGAAGAGACUACGAUGAAUAUCCGAUUUGUUCGAUACCGAAUUGCUGAAUUGUAUCAUGGUCUGACGGCGGAAGCUUCUCGCUUCAUAAUGCAAGUUCUCAAAGCAAUUCCUGGAAAUCGUCUGACGGUGGACGAAUGUCUGGAGCAUCGCUGGAUCACCCCAACCGAGCUCAACGUGAUUAAACGCGAGAAGACCGUCUUCAAUGUAAUGCGAUUGUCGCAGUUCCGUCGCGACUACGAGAUGCAUCGCCAGCGCCGGCAACUGGCCUCGGACACCAUCGCACAACUGUUCCGCCCGUCCAGUCCGCCGAGCAGUGCCGUUAGCGAAAGUGUCCGUCUGUAAACUGAAUCCUGGAAGUGCUCAUUCUUACAAACUCCGAACCGUUAAAAUGCAACCAAUAGAAUGCUGGCUUAUUCUCAUUGCAACCCUUGCAUAAAAUUAGUGUUUUUGUUUGCUUGCUAUGCUGCAAUUUCCGGCCAUUUUUGUUGGCUUGGAAGAAUUCUAGAGGCUGUAUGUGUUGUAAAGAGCUAUUGUAAUUUAUGUAUCAUGGAAUUUUUAUCCGCUUAAUUUGCCUAAUUUUAUAGCUUGUUUAUUAUGCAAUAAAACUAAUAUAAUACAA